UGGCCUCUCACUCGAACUUCGUCCAUGUACUGUAGAGUGUAUAUAAAAUCACGUUUCUGCCUACAGGAGAUGUGGGAUACGUAUGCCAGUGUGAAACUUAUGCCCUCCCUGAACAUCGUGAUUUUUCAGUCAAUAUGAAAGGGAAGUGAUUCUUCAGAAGAGUUUUGGUUAUGGACUAGAGCUGUAUUUGCAAAAAACAGCCAUUUGUAUGCCUAAACAGAUAAACAGAACUUUGAAUGAGAUUUUAGUGAAAAUUUAUGUGUGUUUGAGGGUUUCCUGCCAUGGAAAUACAGUGGAAAAAAAUGCAUGGCUUGUAUAGACUGGCUGCUCUUGAGUACAGCUCAAUUUACCAGCUGAGCUCUCAUUCAAAACUCAGUUUGAUCAGUAACUACUGUCAGUUUGACUUGGUAAUGUAUGUGGCUAAAACACAAAUUUUAACCCUGAGUUAAGAGUUUGUUUGUUGUUUUACACCUAAUAAGUAACAGGAUCUGUAGUAUAAGGACAGAAACUGAAAGGGUGGUACCAUGUGCUGUGUGUUUGGAUGGACACUGCAAUAAUAUAUGGUAAAUUGUUGAAACUUUUACCUUGAACAGUGUUGUGGAGGGAGCGAUAGAGGCUUGCAUGAGGUUGAUGUCUUCUGUGUUGCAGCUGUCAUACAGAUAUUCUGCAGUAUUUCUGUGAAGGUGCACAAAAGUGUUAAGUGUUUAUUUUCACUGGAUUCUCUGCAGUAACAUCUGAGCAGUGUCCAGGUUAUGGAACUCUCUAUAACAAAGGUUUUCCUGUUUCUCUCUGGUUUUGCCUCCCUAGAUUUUUUUUUUUAAGGUGAUUGCUUUGACGGUUGCAAGUUGCUGCUGACAGUUCCAUAGAAUAUGGACUGUUACAGUAAAAUGUGGUGUGCUGUCACAUUUCUCAAAUUAUAUAGAAGGGUGGUUUUUUUUUUUUUUUUUAUUACACACUUGGUGUUCAUGGGAAUUCUGAUCUCUUGUGAGUGUGUUGCAUAGUUGUUUAAGAUACGGUUUGUUUCACUGAACUGUGACUGUCUAAAAUCUGGGUAUCUAGUCCAAGGCUGUGAUUUUGUGAACAACUGAGCUCUGUGCUGUGCCAGCUCCCAGCUCCUGAAAGGAGAAAGGCUUGCUCCUCCUCCUAUCUGUUUACUUGGCUCUUUGUUCCUUUACCCUAGUUGGUACCAGCUGCCCACUUUCACUGAUGAUGUCGCUUGCUGGAUUUUUCCAUGAGCUCACAGACAAACUAUUGAGUGUCUUCUGCUUAUUUGAGUGUGUUGGCUUCUUGAGUUAAAACAGUUCAUGAAGGGGUCUGAUGAAUAACAAACACAGGAAUGAGGAUAAAGAAAUGAGGAGUGGAACCCUCCUGUUCCUGGUGACAGUGAGCCCUUGUGUUGGAUUACACUUUUGCAUUAGUUUAUUAUCUGGUCUUCCUGUAGGCUCUUGAGCAGGGAUGAGAGGGUCGUGGUGUUUGUAGAGUUGUUUUCAUGAGGCUGUGCUUUCCUUGAGUUUUCCACUCUUUCAGGCAAAUAGUUAAUUGUUUCAGAAGAUCUUGGCUAAUUCUAUUAGAAAAAAAGAAAGAGCAAAUAAAGAGGUCUGGAGUUGUGACAGAAGAGGCAGAGGAAUUAGAUCAUGAUUUGUGUGAAGAAGCUCUUUGACUUCCACAGAUCUUACUGAGAAUUUUACUGCUUGAGCAAAACCUGCACAAGGCUGAAUACUGUCAGUUUUUUCAUUGUUAGUUGCAAAAUUAUAUUCAUUGUAUCAUCUAGCUGUUUAAAACUGUGUUCAAACAUGAUAAAUUUAAGUGUUUUAAGUGUGGUUGUGGUAUGGAAAAGAGCCAUGCAUGAGUUAUGUAUGGCACUCAGGGGAAUUACCAAUAUGUGGGGCAGUCAUGUCAUUUGGUUAUGCCAGGUGAACAAGAAAGAAGCCUUGUUGUUGUGAACAAAAUGCCAUAAAAAUCAUAUCAAGAAAAAAUCAUAUUGAUGUAUCAUAUUUUUCUCUAAAUGCAAAUAUUCUCACUUUUAAGAGCUUGUAGCAAAGAAAAUUUAAAAUAAUAUAGCUGAAAAAUCUUGCAAAAGAAAAGCCCUUUCAUGAUAUGCACCCAUAAAGAGGAGAGAUGUUCAGUAGGUCAUUCAGCAGUGUUUCUUUAGGAGGAGAAAUAAUUGGAGAAGAAAGGUAGAAUAAAGGUGAUUUUUGGAAGUGUAAUUGAUUUACUUCACUUAGCUAUUCUACAGUAAGUAUUGCCAUUUUACCUAUAGAACGUGCAUUUCCUAGGACUCUGCACCAAUGCCUUUAUAUUUAUUUCUGUGGAAAAUUAUGUUAAGGUUUCAUAGUAUGAAUUUGGGGUGACUGAUACAAGUUUGCUGUUUCGUAGCUUGAUAAAAUUUGGCAUAAAAUUGCAUAAAGCAAUAAGUAGGUGUAGAAUUAAGUUUAGGUAUGAUGGUGGGUUUUGUUUCUUUAAAGUAUGUUUUAUGCUUCUCCACUUCUUGAACACAUCUCCAAGAGAGGAAGAACCUAGAGUUCUUUUAAAGUAUUUCUCAAAAGUUAUGGGUGUAGUCCUUGUGUAAUUUUGAAGAUUAUUUUAUGACUGUGAGAAACUACUGUUAGCCAUUAGCACAGAAGAGAUACUGGUUGGUAAUAUACUUAAAGUAUUUGUAUCCCUAAACGUUGUUGACUAUUGACAGUUUACUGUCAGAAAUUAUUUUGUCAUGUGGGGAAAAGAACAUCAAAACAACAAAAGCUUUUUUGCAUGUGAAUCGGUUAAAUAUUACAAAUAGCUCUUUGUGUUUUUGAGGAAAGAACUCUCACAAAGUAAUGAAAUCUAUCGUCUGUUUCAGUUGUCACCAGGACUACAAAUCAUGACAUUUGCCGCUAGAUGUCCCUGCAAGCCAAAAGAGAUUUGUUUCCUGAAAUACAGUUUAGGCUUUUGCAGUCUGGAGCAUUGUUUUGUCAGCUGCAAUUAUCUCCCUUUCUUUUCUCCUUUUAUCUUUUUCAUUAAAUCUUCAUGCAUAUGAAUACAUGGCCAGGUGUCUUGAUCUUUUGAGAUGUCAGCGAAAGGAGUGGAUGGCCUUGUAGAUUAGUUAUACAUUAAUCUUGUCUUCUCCAUACUCAUCGUGAACAGUCAUCAUAAAAUGGAUGGUUUGGGCAACCUCCUUCCUCCUGUGGGUGAAAAUGGUGAUGCAGCUAAUUCACAAGAAAUACUAAAGCUUUUGAUGGAUGAAAAAAUGCGAAGUGAACACCAUAAAGCAAAUUAUCAAACUCUAAGGGCAGAACAUCUAAGAUUACAAGAGGAUUAUACCAAAUCACAAGAUGAACUGAAACGGUUGUUAGUUGAAAAACAGGCUGUGCAUGACAAAUUUCAGCAGCUUCUUGCUGACUUUCAAGAUCAGUUGCUGGCUAAAACACAAGAGCUGGAACAAGUGAAGCUGCAGGUGCUAACUCCUCAAAAAUUAGAACAGUUAAAGGCAAAAAUGUAUGAGGAAUUGGAGUCUCCUAUGAGAGAGCGUUAUCAGAAGCUAGAAAAUGAAGUAGAAAAAUACAGAACACUGUAUAACAAACUACGUUACGACCAUACCUUUCUGAAAUCAGAAUUUGAGCAUCAAAAGGAAGAGCAUGCGCAUAUUUUAGAAGAGAAGAAAAUAAAAUAUGAAGCUGAGAUUGCAAGACUGGAAAAAGACAAGGAAGAACUCCAUAAUCAGCUGCUUAGCAUUGAUCCCACAAGGGACAGUAAACGUGUGGAGGCACUUUCUAGAGAAAAAGCACAGCUGUGUCAGAAAUUAAAAGCCUUAGAAGCAGAAGUAGAAGAACUAAGAGCAGAAAGGCACAACUGUGUUGUGCAAGCAGAAGAUGUUCAAAGAGUACAAGCACGCCAGUUAGCUGAGAUGCAGACCUUGAUGCGGUCUCUAGAGGCAGAAAAGAAGUCUGCUGAACUACAGGUCAGUCGAAUUGAGAAAGAACUGCAGACGAGUCAUGAGCAAAACAUUCUCUUAACUAGCAAACUUCACAAAUCUGAACGAGAAGUCAAUUCCUUAGCUGCUCAAGUAAAAGAACUUAAACAUUCUCAUAAGUUGGAAGUAACAAAUAUCAAACUGGAGGCAGCCAGAACAAAGGGUGAAGUAGAAAGAGAGAGAAACAAGAUUCAAAGUGAAAUGGAUGGAUUGCUGUCCGACAAGGAAAUUCUUACUGCAGCUAUUGAACGUCAUAAAGUGCUUUUAGUAGAAAAGGAUCGGGAGCUAAUUCGUAAAGUGCAAGCUGCCAAAGAGGAAGUUUUUGACAAGAUUGCAGCCUUACAGAAUGAAAAGUUAGAACUCGAGAACAGAUUAGCUGAUCUAGAGAAGAUGAAAUUGGAGCAAGAUUCUUUGAGACAAUCUGAAAAGGAUCAGUAUGAAGAAAAACUACAUGCUGUGCAGAUAGCCGAAGAAACUAGCAAAAAGGAACUUCAGCGUUUGCGAUUUAAAAUUCAACAGCAAGCUAUGCAGACAGAAGAGCUGGAAGAAAAGAAAUGUGAAAAUGCUAAUCUGAAACAGCAAAUAAAUGAUAUCCAACUCCAGCUUGCCUCACUUUCUCAAUCAGAGAAUGAUUUGCUGGAAUCUAAUCAAAAAUUGAAGGAAGUAAUAGAGAGAUUGAAACAAGAACGUCAACAUGCAAGAGCUCAGGCAGAGAAAGCUCAGCUGGAAACAGAGAAGACUUUAGAAUACCAGCGUAUGGAAUGGCUACAGGAGAAGCAUAUGCUUACUCAGCGCAUCACAGAGUAUGAAGAGAAAUACAAGCAAAUGAAGAACAAGCUAUGUCGAGCUGCUGUUGCUCAGAAAAAGAGAAAGACUCUCAGUGACAAUAAACAAAGGAGAAUGCAUGAGAAAAUAGAACUUUUGGAAGCCAAGAUGGAAGAACUAGAAAAAGAAAAUCAAGUGUUAAAUAGACAGAAUGUUUCCUCUGAAGAAUAUGCUCACCUUCAGAAGAGGCUAAAGGAUUUGCAACGUCGACACAAUGAAUUCCGGAGUAUAAUUCUGAAUCCUGACAUACCAUCACUCAAUCCAGUUGGUAUAACGCCACUGUAUGCCUUGCCUCCUGGGCCUGCAUCGUCCUUCUCCUUUCUUCAGGAGGAGCAGCAUCAAAGAGAGCUUGCCCUGCUUGGCAAGAGGUUGGAAGAACUAGAAACCAGACAAAGAAAACAGCUGGAAGAUCUUGGACCAUCUAGAGAGCGGGUAAUGGUGGGGUACAGGGAAUUGGCAAGAAAUAAGAUCACUGGAGAAGAUGAAGCACAAAGCAAGGACUCUAAAUAAAAUCUGCACACUCUCGAUGCUGUUAGUUUUCAAUAACUUAUCCUUUGUACAUGCUUUUCAUAUUUUGCAAAAAACGUGGUUGUAUGUGCCUGAAUAGCAUAAAAUAUAUUCUGCAUAGUUA